AAAAGUUAACUCUCUCAGAAAGUUUGGACUGAGUUGCAUUUUUUUUGUAAAUACUAACUUACCAAAAGCAGGCUACUACUGUCGCGUCAUCAUUUGUUUUUGAAUAAGCGCGAGUUAUAAUAAAACCCUGAUAAAAAAAUAACAACUACGAUGUCACUUUGCAAAGAGCGAUUAGUUCAAAAAGAAAAGCGAGAAACCGUCUUGGGUGAAAGCAAUGGGGACUCGGGAAAGAAGUCCAGACCGGUCUGUGGUGUUUGUAAUCGGAUGUAUCGAGACCCUAAAAUCUUGCCUUGCUUGCAUACUUUCUGUGCGGACUGCGUUCGCCAGCUCGAGCCGUUUUCUGUGCGUAGCGUGAACGGGGAACGACGAUCGCCUGAGGAUGAGACGCACGGACACAACUCUGGCUCCACGAUUCUGUGUCCUGAGUGCGAUUCAGAGGUGAAUCUGCCGCCCUCGGGUGUGGAUGGGCUGACCACUGAUCAUCUCGCGCUAGAUGAGGUUUUCACGGAGACAUUGCUAGUCGACAGCAGCGUUUUGUGCGACUUGUGCAGCGACAGUAACGCGGGGAAGCGCUGUGAGGUGUGCUGUGUCAACCUAUGCGACUUCUGCAGUCAGGCCCACAGGAGACAGAAGAGGACCUCCUCUCACUCUAUCCAAAGCCUACAGGAGCUGAAAUCCCAGGGUCGUCUCACUAGACCCAUCCUGUGCUCGCUGCAUCCUGGUCAGGAGUUACGCCUCUUCUGCGAGCCAUGUGACCUCACUGUGUGCCUGGAGUGUGCGGCCACCUUUCACCGUGACCACCACUGCAGCUCUGCCCAUGAGGUCAUCAGUCGCCAUGGAGAUCGCAUCAGGGGUUUGGUCGUCAGGAGCUUGAGGCCUCUUCUUGCUCGUCUGGAGGAGUCAAUGAGAUGCGUGGACACAUCCCAAGAGGCUUUGCGGGCAAGGACUGACACGUUGGCGGGUGAGAUUCGGGCGUUUGCUCGGAGUUAUGCCAACGCUGUGGAGGCACAUUGCUGUUCGCUGCUGCGGUCACUGGAGGACUUGAAAAUGCAGCGCAGGAACCAACUCCAUCUGCAGAAGGCUCAACUGCACCAAGCCUUGUCUGACGUCCGUGGGGGAGUGGACUUUGCAGAACGCCUGCUCAUGUGCGGUUCAGAUGCCGAAAUCCUCAGUGCCAAAGGAGUUACUAUGAGGAGAUUGAUGAACCUUGUAGAGUCAGGAUACGAUCCACACCCAACGACGAUCACCCACGAUAAUGCCAGCAGCAUCUGUUUUCUUCCUCAGGAGAGUGCUGGGGAGAUUGAGGGAUUUCCUGUGGUUGGAGUUCUACAUGCCAAAACUUUGGAUCCCAGCAAGUGCACUAUCCAGGGAGAAGGUGUGGAGCGAGGUCGUGAGGGCCAGCGGGACGAGUUCACUCUGGUUUGCAGGGACUCCUCUGGAGAGCAGAUGGGCCGAGGUGGAGACCCUGUGCUGGUCAGCAUAGUGCACAAGGAUAGGAAGGAUUGCUCUGUGGAGGUGUGUGUGGUGGAUAACGGUGAUGGCUCCUAUGGUGUGUCUUACACCCCGGCUGAAGCAGGUCUUUACUCUGUGUGGGUUUGUGUUAAAGCACAGCACGUCCAGGGAUCACCUUUCGUGUUAAAUGUGAAGAGGAAGUUCAGACGCCACUGUGGCGUAUUCCAUUGCUGUUCCUUCUGCUCUAGUGGGGGCGCUAAAGAGGCACGCUGUGGCUGCACAGGGACCAUGCCAGGAGGUUUUCAGGGUUGUGGACAUGGUCAUAAAGGACACCCCGGUAAGCCCCACUGGUCAUGUUGUGGAAGCGUAGUGGAGGCUUCAGAGUGUAUUCUACAUAACCUAGGCAGUGUUUCUCCUCGUGGGCAUCUCCGGACUGUAGAGCUCUGAGACAACCAGAAAAUAUACUCUGUCUGAUCAAACUUGUACCAUAAACCAUUAACCAGUCAACAUAUAAAGCACAAAUUCACAUUGUGACUUUCUUGUUGCCUUUAUUCAUACAGUGUAGUUCUCAUUAUUUUGAAAGAUUCAACUUUUUAGGUUGUACAUAAUUUGGGUGUUUUUUUUUGUUUUUUUUUUUCAGCAGUGCCAAUAUUUAUUGUGCCCUUUAAUCAUGGCAGAUAAACAGAAACUUAAAUUAUGUCUGUUCUAUUACCAAUGUGCCAACACUAAUUCCUUUGUUUCAGUAUUAUAAAGAUUUAAGAGCUGUUUUAUUUACACAUUGAGAGCUACUAUAUUUUCAUUUGUGUUCACAAUAAAUAUUUUUUAUCCAGAAUUUGAUACUAAUUAGCAUUUGACAAAACAUUUUAGAAAUGUCGGUGGAUAUUUGUGUUGAUGUCUGUGGUAUUGUUUUAUGCUCUUUUUUUAUCAUAAUCAUCAUGUUUCCUUUGAUAAUACCCUUUUAUAUAAACAGUGUGGUUUGUAUUAUCAUAAUGCUUUAUUUUUAUACAUGUGCAUGACUCGAUUUCACAGACUGCGUUUGUUAUUAUGCAUCACAUUGCAUAUUAGCUGUCUUUGUGAAUGCUGUACUGGUACCUCGGAUUAAACAACUCUUACCUCUCCCCUUGUAAGAGUGGCACUUCUCCAA